AUGACAUUGCAAACUAGAGGGAUUGCGGUGUUUUCCGGCGGUAGCGCUGCAAACAAUCUUGUUGAUGUAUUCAAUGCUGUCCGUCAAAGCAAGCAAUGUCCGUUGAGCUAUAUCAUUCCGAUUAGCGACAAUGGGGGGUCAUCCUCGGAGCUAAUCAGGGUUCUUGGUGGUCCGGGAAUUGGAGAUGUACGAAGUAGACUUGUGAGGCUAAUUCCAGACAGCCAUGCGGAUGAGGAGUUAGCUGGCAUUAAGGUAUUUUUCAAUCAUCGACUCCCUUCUGUGCCUGAGACCGCCCAUGCCGAGUGGAUAGCUGUGGUUGAAGGAACCUCAUCUCUGUGGGAUGCCAUCACGCCAGCUAAGAAAGAGCUUAUUCGUUCGUUUCUGAACCACCUUAAUCUGGAGAUCUUAAAGCGCGCUCGCCCUCCCUCUUCAACAUUUGAGUUUACGUCUGCUAGUGUUGGUAACUUGUUUCUUACCGGCGCGCGGCUUUUUACCGGAAGUUUUGAGAGUGCUAUCUACCUUCUUGGGAGCAUAUGCUCUGUGCCGCUCAAUGAAACUAGGGUGAUACCAGCAAUAAAUUCUAACUUUUCGCACCAUAUUUCGGCCACUCUCGAGGAUGAUACGGUGAUAGUUGGGCAAAAUAGCAUCUCCCAUCCCAGCGAAUCAACCGCUUUGCAACCGGGUCGGAGACGCCCAAGCCUUCUACUUGCUGAUACUGAAGACCAGGAGUCUGAAUCAGAUGAGCUGUCAUACGAGGAAAGUCACUUACCCGGCUCACUCCCAACGCUAAGAAAUAAAAACAUACAGUUCAGCAAGGCCGUGGUGGAAGAAUUACCAAGUCGCAUUUCACGUGUUUGGUAUAUCAACCCGUAUGGUCAAGAAAUUCGCCCUCCAGCAAACCCUCGCGUUCUAGAAGCUCUGCGAAGUUCACAAGCUAUCAUAUAUAGCAUCGGAUCGUUAUACACCUCCAUCAUACCAUCAAUAGUCCUGCGUGGCGUUGGCCAGGCUAUAUCAACAUGUCAAGCCCGUCAAAAAAUUCUCAUUCUUAAUGGUUCUUUGGACCGCGAAACGGGCCCUUCUACAAACCCUUUUUCUGCAUCGGAUUUUGUCGAAGCAAUUGUGCGUGCGGGUGAAGAAUCUCAUAGUAGAGUUCGAGCCCAAAAGAAAAAAGCUGGUACUGGAAGCAUGGUUGAAGCCUGUUCGGCGGCUAAAACUACGCCGCAACCACCAUUUCUUUCCCUUCCGUAUACAGCAUAUGUUACCCAUAUUAUCCAUCUUGAAGGUCCAGGAACUCCACAUGUGGACCGUGACAGGCUAGCUGCGAUGGGUAUUGAGACGCUUCGUUUAUACGGACGGAAGCUAGAAGGCGAGUCUGGAGAGGCUCUUGGGAUGAGAUAUGAUCCUACGGCAUUGAUACAAGCUCUGGAGGUGGUGUUAGGAAAAAAGGGUGAUGCAAUGGUGCGGGGCAAUUCGGGAGAAAAGAGUAGACGAAAUACAAUGGAAAGUAUAAUGGCAAAGUAG